UUGACUUUUCUUCAACGGAGACCUUUUUCCCAGAACUAGACACCCACUUGGGCAAAGUUCCGCUUCUUGAGCUCUCUUACUCUUAAGAAACUUUCUGUCACCUGUGCCGGCCUUUGCCCCUUUCCUUGUUUUACCCUUAGUAGAAAAGAAUACUUUUAGUUUCUUAUUAGUUUCGCUGAACUGGUUGAGUAUUUCGCUCCCCAAAGUGAGGCUUCUGCCUCACGCCCCCACGUAGCUGGGAACGUGGGACCUGGGGAUGUUUGGACUCCAGGGACGCUGAAGGAAGGGCAGCGAGAGAGCACGGAGCCCCGCUUCUGCACCUGCUACCAGAAGAGGUCCCCCUCUUCUCCCCUCCCGCCGCCGCCAUGCAGCCCACCGCCUUUGUGCUUCCAAUGCUUGCAGCCACUGUCCUGUGGGGAGCGGCCCCCACCCGGGGGCUCAUUCGAGCCACUUCAGACCGCAAUAACAGCAUGGACUUUGCAGACCUUCCAGCUCUCUUUGGGGCUGCCUUGAGCCACGAGGGACUUCACGGGUUCCUUGUGGAGGCUCAGCCACGCAAUGCGUGCAGCCCCAUUGCCCCCCCACCUCCAGCCACGGGCAACGGAUCGGUCUUCAUUGCACUUCUUCGAAGAUUCGACUGCAACUUCGACCUCAAGGUCCUAAACGUUCAGAAGGCUGGGUACGGGGCGGCUGUGGUACACAACGUGAAUUCCAAUGAGCUUCUGAAUAUGGUGUGGAGCAGUGAGGAGAUCCAGCAGCAGAUCUGGAUCCCGUCUGUGUUUAUUGGGGAAAGGAGCUCCGAGUACCUGCGUGCUCUGUUCGUCUAUGAGAAGGGAGCGCAAGUGCUUCUGGUCCCAGACAGCGACUUCCUUCUGGGCUAUUGCCUCAUCCUUUUCACUGGGGUUGUGGGAUUGCUGAUUUUGGCCGUGGGAGCAGGGCUGACAGUUCGUUUUAUCCAACACCAGAAACGUCUCCAGCGGAAUCGACUGACCAAGGAGCAACUGAAGCGGAUUCCCACACAUGACUAUCAGAAGGGAGACCAGUAUGAUGUCUGUGCCAUCUGCCUGGACGCGUAUGAGGACGGAGACCAGCUGAGGGUGCUUCCCUGUGCUCAUGCUUAUCACAGCCGCUGUGUGGACCCCUGGCUCACCCAGACCCGGAAGACCUGCCCCAUCUGCAAGCAGCCCGUUCGUAGCGGCCCUGGGGGAGGGGAGCAGGAGGGAGAAACUCCGGGGCAAGAAGGUGAUGAGGAAGGGGAGCCAAGGGACCACCCUGCCACAGAACGGACCCCACUUUUGGGCUCCAGCCUUAUGCUUCCCACAUCCUUUGGCUCCUUAGCCCCAGCCCCCCUUGUUUUUGGGUCUUCAAUAGAUCCAUCACCUUCUCCAUCCUCCUCUUCCUCUUCUGCUGCCGUCCUGGUGUGAUACGCCCCUCCCCCCCCAGCUCUGGCGACCUGUUUUCACAGUCCCUGUUUUGUCUUCAGUCUAACAUCGUGAGGGAUAAAGGACAUUUCCACCCCGGGUAUCUUUCUCCCUUACUCAACCUUAUCCUUUUGAGGGGGUUGGGGGUGAAAAGGGACGGGGUCUUCACUUACUAGGUUAAUAAAAUUGUUUUUG